AUGAGUUAUCCUCCUCCAGACGGCCAUUAUCCAGCAGGUUCACACACUCCUCAAGGAUAUCCAACUGUUGCACCAACAGUUGCUCCUGGUGCUACUUAUGCUCCUACACAUAUACCAGCUCCUGCUGCCUAUGCUCCAGCUCCUGCUGCCUAUGCUCCAACUCCUGCAUCACCAGCUUACGCUCCAGCCCCAGCGAUGUAUGCUCCAGCACCGACUGCUUACGCUCAUCCUUCUGGAGUUCCUGGAGCGACCUACACUCCAGUAGCUCCCACUGGAGUUCCUGGUGCAAUCUAUACGCCUGCUGGGCCAGGGAUGAUCCCUACGCCCUCUCCUGCUUAUCCAGCAACUUCAGUGCCAGGCAUGACUCCUACACCAGCAUAUCCUGCAUCGAUCCCGACUGCACAUGCUGCUUCAGCAGGAUGCCACAAAUGUGGAGGAACUGGAUAUAACCACAAGAAAGGUAAACCCUGUAAGUGCCAAAAGAAAAAUAAGAUGGGAAAGAAACAGAAACAUAAACACCCCGGAGGCCACCAUGCUAUGGGAGGACAUCAUGGAAUGGGUGGACAUUAUGCAAUGGGAGGACAUUAUAAGAAACCUAAGAAAAUGAAAAAGAUGAAGAAGAUGAAGAAGAUGAAAUAUGGUAGGAGUUCAUCUUCCUCAUCUUCAUCAAGCAGCUCUAGUAGUUCUAGUAGUUCAAGCAGUGAUUAA